CCUCCAUGAAUGCUCGGGCGGUCAUUGCCUGACCAGAAAACCACUGCUAGUCAUGGCCAUGCUGAGUUUAUACUGAAGAUAAGUUCGGGCCCUGUCAACUGAUUGUCUAUAAAACCUCGGUACUCGUGUUGGCGGGGCCAGGCGAAUCGUCGCGCGUCGCGUAAAACAACAUCACACUGACUUCAGCCUCAGCAUACAAGAGGACCAUGUGAGAACUUCAUACGGCCCAAUACUACUCAAUCAUUGUUAACACUUGUCAAACAUAUCUUCAGCUCAAAUUUAAUACAAAUGGAACGGUGCUAGUACAACUUCAUAUUCAUCAUGUCAACCUCACCUACAAAACAGAGCAUCCCCAACCUUCCCCCGCCCCAUCUUGCACCUUCUCUCCUCAACCCUCCACCCACACCUCGCUCACGCGCACUCAGGCGACUACAAUCAGCGCAUACACUAGGCCAAUCGAACAAUCAGCCUUCACUGAUAUCGCAGCAACAUAAGCAAGUCCUGCAGAGGACCCAUUCGCCCGCGAACAGCACCUCAGUCUCCCAUCACAGUCGAGGACGGUCGAAUAGUGAUGCGACAAACAUGUCGAUUCCCAACCCAGGCUCUGCCGGCAGGCGGCCAGUUCAUUCGAAGAAACCAAUAGCUGCAGAUACGCUGUCUCUCGACCGACUGGUGAGAGAAGGACCUCCAGAUGGAGAUGUAAUUGGCGCAUUGGAAACAGUGAGGUUGAAGAUACUGGAUCAAGGAAUAAAGAGUGAUACAGACGGCAUGUCAUCCCUCAGAAUAUACAUAUGGCUCAUCCUGCUUAAUGCCCCCAUCCUCGAAACCGACGCCUACCUUGCCCUCAUCCACCGUGGAGCUUCACCCGCCUAUUCCAAAAUCCGUAACGAUACCUUCCGAACCCUAGCCACCGACCCCCUCUUCCGUAGACGAGUCAGCGAAGCAAGUCUCAUCCGGCUACUAAAUGCAGUAGCAUGGAAGCUCCAUGACGCGAAAGAGGAGCGGGCAGACACUCUUUCCAAGUCAAGUAAUAAGCUCACGCAUACAGCAAAUGCACAUGGUAGCCCAGAAUUACAAAAUGCGACACCUGCUAUGAAGUCUAGAGCUCGAGCUCUUACUUUGACAACAGCGGGCUCUGAUGUGGGUACGUCGGAGCCAGGUACAUAUGUUCAGGGUAUGAACGUACUGGCUGCUCCAUUCUUAUAUGCGGCCCGGAGUGAGGCUGAAGCUUUUGUUGCUUUCCACCGAUUCAUCACCGUGGAGUGUCCUGGCUAUGUGCGUGGAGCUAUGGACGGAGUGCACAAGGGACUCGCCCUGGUGGACAAAGUUCUGGCUAUCGUUGAUCCCAAACUAAGCCUCUACUUGAUUGGUAAGGGUAUGAACGCAGAGCUCUACGCUUUUCCUUCGGUUCUGACACUUUGUGCCUGUACGCCUCCCCUGCCGGAAGUUUUGCGCCUCUGGGACUUUUUGUUUGCUUACGGGGCUCAUCUCAAUAUCUUAUGCAUUGUGGCGCAACUUGUUAUUCUCAGGACUUCUAUUUUGAGUUCUCCUAGUCCCACGAAGAUCCUGCGGUCGUUUCCGCCUCUUCAGGCCGAGACUAUCAAAGCUGUUACGUUGUCUUUAAUCAAGAAGAUCCCUGACGAUGUUUACGCCGAAAUAGUAGCUCACGCCAAAUGAUUUAUGAUCUUUGAGCAUCGCAUGGCGUUUUGGGCUGCUGAAAACUUGGGCAUUAUCGGACUUGCAUGAGAAAUGUGUUAUGACUAGCAUUUCAGGCGCUUUUGGGAUGGGCUGGGAUGUGUGAUAAACGUGUACUAUCAAAAAAAUAAUGUUGACCAUGAUUGAU